AUGUUAGUUUUUCAACAUAUCUCCACCCUCAGAGAACCUCCACUGUCCGCGUUAAUGCUGAUAGCUUCCAUGACGGACACAAAAUGA